AUGGCCCGGACGUUCGAAGAAGAUUCACGUAAUGUUUUGAACCACAAUAUUUAUAGACAAGAUAACACCUUUAAGCUCAAAUACUUCAAGCUUCAUGGCCUUGCCUAUGCUUCUCGUUUGAUCCUCGCUACUUCUGGCGCCAAAUGGGAAUGUGCUUUUCCUGAAGACUGGGCCAACACUGAGAAGAAAGACACUCUCUUUGGUGUUCUCCCAGUGCUUUAUGAGACAACAGCCUCAGGGCAGAUCGUGGAAGUCCCAGAGUCGGAUACAAUUGAGCACUACUUGUCCAAAAAAUUCCGUCUUUAUGGAAAUGGAGAUGACUACGACGAAAUUAAAGUGCGCGCGUUUGCAUCAUCAAUCCAAAGCUUAAUCAGUUACUACCUCCUUAGAGUUGCAGUUGUUAAAGACGCUGCGUACAAGGAUGUGAUGACGGAGAGAUUCUUCACAGAAGCACUACCACCUUUCCUGGUGACACAUGAGAGGCACUUGGUGGCCAAUGGUAGAAAUGGGCAUUAUGUGGGAGACAAGCUUUCUCUUGCCGACCUCAAGUUGGUUAUUGCUGUGAAUAUGGUUGUGGCAUUAACACAGGACAAGUUCGUAUCUCAAGAACGCACACCCGCCAUUUGGGCCGUGUGGGAAAAGGUGAAUGCCAUCCCAUCGUAUGUUGAGUGGAAGAAAACGAAGGCAUAUAAGGAGAUCUCUGAGCGCAACUUGGACAUCCUUGGCUUUUAA